AAAAAAAACCGAGAUAAAAUAUGCAAAAAACUACUUUUCUUAAUUUUUGGUGUGGAAAUCUUAUUGAAUCAAAUUGAAUGUUGAACUAUUUGAAAUCGAAAUCUUGUAACAUCUUCUGAUAUAUUACAAGAAAUGAUUGACUGAGAAGAGGUUCAAGCGAAGCGUUCAAUACAUCAUUAUAAAUAUAUCAAAUCGAUAGAAUAUAAUUAACAACCGGUUUUAUCGUUGAUAUAUGUCAUGAAAACGCAAUGAUCAUUUCUCUUCAACAGUUAGUCAUAAUCGAUUAGAAUAUCUGCAUAAAAACGAAUGACUAAUACAAGUGAAACAAAGAUCAUCAUUAUUUUUUUGUCACAUGACAAUAUGUUCAAUUGUUUAGAUUAAUUUUGUAUGAUACAAUUUAUAAUUACUAUUGUUUGGAUGAUGUUGUCAUUGUUCGAGCUUGUUGAUUGUCAAUACCAAUAUGAAAUGGAUGAUGAUGGUGCUCAUGGUGUGCGCCUUUCCAGCAACGAUCAUUUUAUUAUUGUGGCAAUCAAUAAGUUAAAGUCUUAUGAAAUUAUCCCAGCUCCGUACAGCAAUACAAAUCAUGUAGCAUUCCCUAUUUUGAUAUAAACCAAUAUGUAUACAGUUUGGCAACAGUAUUUGAUCCCGUUAACUGUAACUCAACUGCAAUGUAUACAUUCGUACAAGUGACAGAAGAUAUUUCGACAGCUGACAUAUUUUUUAGUAUCAUUCAAAUCAACAAGUCUACGUGUGGUGAGUUGCCAUAAAUUAUAAGACUCCUGAAAAGUCAAUCGGUAAGGUUUUGCUAUAACUUCAAUCAAUUGAAAUCAAGACACUUUUUCACUGAAUAAGGUAUAAUUGAGAAAAAAGAAAAUUGUUCAUUCGAAAUAGCUAAAAGAGUCUUUGUACUUUUUUUAAAACAUUUCGAUUUAUAUAGUAGCAUUUUAAUGUAUGUUUGCAUUCACAUGAGCUAUCUGUUUUGUUUUCGAAAAUCUGCAUCAUAUGAUAAUUUGACAUAGACUUUUAUUUAAAUAUAGACGAAGUAUUGAUAAGUUCAAACACCAUUUUUAAAACAUACUUUUGUAUCUCAAGAAUUAUUAGAUAAUGUUCAAGAUAUUUAUACAAAUGCUGAAUUAUUAACUGUUUAUGAUCCAAGAAAUCCAAUGACUAAACGACGACGAGAUGAAAGUAGUAUGUUACUUCAUCAAAAAAAAACAUAA